AUGGACGGCAAACCUCUUGAGGAGUCAUCAUCCGAAGACGAUGGUUCGACUCGACAGUCUAAACAUAUUCUCGAGAGCAGUGACAUGGAACCCAACCGUUUAUGCAAACGCUGUUCCCGCGCUCUCACAGCAUCCAAGACACUCUGGCAACCGAGACCGGCGGGCGACCCUGACUGGGCAGGCGAGAGAUUCUUCCACAGCAAGAACACAAAACAGAUGUUGAGGGACUUGGUAAUUGCCGCCGGUUGCCAUCUCUGCACACAAGUCAGUCAAGAGCACAACUUUUCGCGCGCCGGGGAUGACCAGAGAGUCAUGGUCGAAUGUAGCCGAUCGAGGGCUUUCGAGGCCGAUGAAGGGAACAUUCCGAUUGUUUUAUUUUCCGCUAUUUCCUGCGCCGAGUGGGACGACAAUUGGGCUUCAUUGCCGGACCCUUUCAAAGAUGAAGAGCCUCAACCUCAAGGUGAUUCGGAUAUGACCCCAUUGGCGAAAUUCAAGCUCGAACGGACCGAUGAUGGUUCGAUGUUCGUGUUACCUUCCUCAACCAACUCGCCUGAAGCCUUUGGCCUUGUGCGACACUGGCUAGAUGACUGUCUCAAUAACCAUCCGGAAUGCAAGGGGUCCAACUUCAAGAGACUCCCGACAAGGCUUGUCGAUGUAGGUGCUCCGGACAACAAUGCACAGAAGAAGCCUCCACGACCGCGCAUCUUCAUCCCAAACGCGACUUCCCAAACACCGGCCACGAUCCCAUAUCUCACUCUCAGUCACUCAUGGGCCUUGACCGGAUCAUCUCUAAGGCUGACAACCAAGAAUAUCGAGGACUGGCAGAAACCCGAAGGAGCGGAACAUGGAGGAAUACCAAUCGACGGUCUAGCCCAGACAUUCCUCGACGCAAUGCGAAUCACGCAGCAACUAGGUUACCGAUAUAUCUGGAUCGACUCUCUCUGCAUUAUGCAGGACUCAUCAGAGGACUGGAAGCGGGAGGCCCAGACGAUGGCAGCCGUCUACGGUAACUCUUUGUUGACCAUCUUUGCUUCGGGGAUGGGCAUGGCAGGAGGUCAAGGCGCCAAUGCCGACACUUGCUUCUCAGUGCGAAACCCCCUGAAAGUGUAUUCCCCCAUCAUCACGUCUCCUUUGUCUGGGAGAGCAUCUUUUUACGCCAUUCGUGAAAAGUACGAACCCAACGUGGACGAGAUGUUAUGGGGCGCUAAUCAGAAAAACCCGCUCCUAUCACGAGGCUGGAUCGUCCAAGAGCGUUUGCUGUCGCCUCGCAUCAUCUACUACGGGGCCGAUGAGCUCUACUGGGAGUGUCGUCUCCAUGCGGUCUCAGAAAGUUGCCCUUUUGGAACUGGCUUGAAGAAGGAUGCUGAGGCUUCUCAAUCUAUCUGGACCGCUAACGCAAAGGCCGUGUACCAAGACUUACAGGAUCCUUUCCCUGCGAGCUUGAAGACGGGCAUGGAUAUGGGUAAUGACAAGGAAGACGCAAAAUACGCACAACAUUUGCAGCUCAUCGCACUCGCAGGAAUGGUAACGGCGAUAGAAGAGAGCAAAGGCUGGACCUAUACCCUCGGGAGCUGGCAAGAGCUUUGGCCUUUUGACCUCCUCUGGGGCUUCGAUAGUGUCCUCAAUGUCGAGCUGUUUAACCCGGGCUGGUAUCCCGAUGAUAGCGAGAAACGACGCCAAGAUCGCGAUGAGAUGGCCCGGAAACUGUUGAAAGGUCAAUCCUACCCCGAGUCGCAUGCCAGUACGACCCUGGGCCUCCCUUCAUGGUCAUGGGCAGCUACCGAAGCACCCAAAUCCUUCUGGUUUGGAUCUUCUGGUUCACUUACAUGGAAAUGCCAGAUCGAUGUUUUCGGCAGGACGACCACCGGUAUGCAAGAAAGUGGGAUCCUGGCCCUGAAAACGUACAAAAAGCAGUUAUACGACAUGCCCCCCAUCGACUUGGGCUUGAUGUGGGACGACGACGAAAGUUUCUAUUCGAAAGAUGAGGAGGUAUUAGCCGGUAGAGUAUAUUUAGAUCGAUAA